AUGGAAAUAGUGGGGUGCCGAGCAGAAGACAAUUCGUGUCCUUUCCGUUCCCCAGCCAUGCUCUUCCACGGGAUCUCCGGAGGCCACAUCCAAGGCAUCAUGGAGGAGAUGGAGCGCAGAUCUAAGACCGAGGCCCGCCUGGCCAAAGGCGCUCAGCUCAACGGCCGCGACGCGGGCAUGCCCCCGCUAAGCCCCGAGAAGCCUGCUCUGUGCGCCGGCUGCGGGGGCAAGAUCUCGGACAGGUACUACCUGCUGGCUGUGGACAAACAGUGGCACCUGAGGUGCCUGAAGUGCUGUGAAUGUAAGCUGGCCCUCGAAUCCGAGCUCACCUGCUUCGCCAAGGACGGUAGCAUUUACUGCAAGGAGGAUUACUACAGAAGGUUCUCUGUGCAGAGAUGUGCCCGCUGCCACCUUGGCAUCUCCGCCUCCGAGAUGGUCAUGCGUGCCCGAGACUCUGUCUACCACCUGAGCUGUUUCACCUGCUCCACUUGCAACAAGACCCUGACCACGGGCGACCAUUUUGGCAUGAAGGACAGCCUGGUGUACUGCCGCGCCCAUUUCGAGACCCUCUUGCAAGGGGAGUAUCCACCGCAGUUGAGCUACACUGAGCUGGCAGCCAAGAGCGGUGGCUUGGCCCUGCCUUACUUCAAUGGCACUGGCACGGUGCAGAAAGGGCGGCCCCGGAAGCGGAAGAGCCCAGCGCUGGGAGUGGACAUCGUCAAUUACAACUCAGGUUGUAAUGAGAAUGAGGCAGACCACUUGGACCGGGAUCAGCAGCCUUACCCACCCUCGCAGAAGACCAAGCGCAUGCGAACCUCCUUCAAGCAUCACCAGCUACGGACCAUGAAAUCCUACUUUGCCAUCAACCACAAUCCGGAUGCCAAGGAUCUCAAGCAGCUUGCUCAGAAAACAGGCCUCACCAAAAGAGUUUUGCAGGUUUGGUUCCAAAACGCACGAGCCAAAUUCAGAAGGAACCUUUUGCGGCAGGAGAAUGGGGGUGUUGAUAAAGCUGAUGGCACGUCGCUUCCGGCCCCGCCCUCAGCAGACAGCGGCGCUCUCACUCCACCCGGCACUGCGACCACUUUAACAGACCUGACCAAUCCCACUAUCACUGUAGUGACAUCCGUGACCUCUAACAUGGACAGCCACGAAUCCGGAAGCCCCUCACAAACUACCUUAACGAACCUUUUCUAA